GUGGCCGAUAGAUGAGUUAGGUACUAGCGGCGGGACUCCAUGUCCCAGGCUGCUUGGCGGCACGGCUGCACGGCGGCGGCGGGGAGCAGCCGCCAUCUUGGCAGUCCGGUCUCCCGCCGGAUUGAAUGAGCCCGCGGAUCCCGUCCGCGCCGCAGCCUCCUCUUCAGUGAGGAAGCCCGAGGCAGGCCGCCGGCCCCCAGCCCCGCCAUGGCCACGCCAAUGUCUAGUCGCAGUGCGGCCUCGGGCCUCGGGCCCGGGACGCCGCUGUCGCCCGCGCGCAUCUCGCGGCUGCAGGAGAAAGAGGAGCUACGAGAGCUCAACGACCGCCUGGCGCAUUACAUCGACCGCGUGCGCGCGCUGGAGCUCGAGAACGACCGGCUACUACUGCAGGUGUCGGAGAAGGAGGAGGUCACCACGCGAGAGGUAAGCGGAAUCAAGGUUCUCUAUGAGUCCGAGUUGGCCGAUGCCCGGAGAGUACUGGAUGAGACUGCCAGGGAAAGAGCCAAGCUUCAGAUUGAAAUAGGAAAAUUAAGAGCUGAACUUGACGAGGUCAAUAAAAACUGUAAGAAGAAGGAUGGAGACCUGACUGUUGCCCAGGGCCGUGUAAAGGACCUGGAGUCCUUGUUCCAUCGGAGUGAGGCUGAGCUUUCAGCUGCUCUGAGUGAUAAACGGAAUCUGGAAAAUGAUGUUGCUGAACUCCGGGCCCAACUUGCUAAGGCAGAAGAUGGUCAUGCUGUGGCGAAAAAGCAGUUGGAAAAGGAGACACUGAUGCGGGUAGAUUUGGAGAAUCGCUACCAGAGCUUGCAGGAAGAGCUUGACUUCCGGAAGAACAUAUUUGAAGAGGAAGUACGAGAGACUCGGAAAAGCCAUGAACGCCGUUUGGUAGAGGUUGAUAGCAGUCGUCAACAGGAAUAUGAAUUCAAGAUGGCACAGGCCUUGGAAGACCUUCGUAAUCAGCAUGAUGAGCAAGUGAGGCUAUAUAAGUUGGAGCUGGAACAGACCUACCAGGCCAAGCUGGAGAAUGCCAAACUGUGCUCUGACCAAAAUGACAAAGCAGCCAACGCAGCUCGGGAGGAGCUGAAGGAAGCCCGAAUGAGAGUAGAGUCUCUCAGCUAUCAGCUCUCUAGCCUCCAGAAACAGGCCAGUGCAGCAGAAGAUCGAAUCCGUGAGCUGGAGGAGAUAUUGGGUGGGGAGCGGGAGAAGUUCCGCAAGAUGCUGGAUGCCAAGGAACGGGAAAUGACUGAGAUGAGGGACCAGAUGCAGCAGCAGCUGACUGAGUAUCAGGAACUGCUUGAUGUCAAGCUUGCCUUGGACAUGGAAAUCAAUGCAUAUCGGAAACUCUUGGAAGGGGAGGAGGAGAGGCUGAAACUGUCCCCCAGCCCAUCUUCCCGAGUCACCGUGUCCAGAGCCACUUCAAGCAGCAGCAGUAGCAGCACAUCUGCCAUCCGCUCUUCUCGGAGCAAGAGGAAGCGAGUAGAGCUGGAGGAGCAUUCAGGCAGUGGCACCAGUAGUGGCAUUGGCACUGGCAGCAGUGCCAGCAGUGCCAGCAGUAGCAGCUUCCAGCUGUCCCAGCAAGCCUCUGCCACAGGGAACAUCAGCAUAGAGGAGAUUGAUCUGGAGGGGAAAUUUGUGCAGCUCAAGAACAGCUCGGAUAAAGAUCAGUCUUUGGGUAACUGGAGGCUAAAGAGGCAGAUUGGAGAUGGUGAAGAAAUUGCCUAUAAAUUUACUCCCAAGUAUGUUCUUCGGGCUGGACAAACUGUCACGAUCUGGGCAGCAGAUGCUGGUGUGACUCAUAGCCCACCAUCUGUUCUUGUGUGGAAGAAUCAGAGCAGCUGGGGCACUGGAGGAAAUUUCCGGACAUACCUGGUCAAUGCAGAUGGAGAGGAAGUGGCAGUGAGAACGGUGACUCAGUCACUGGUUGUGCAGGAGAAUGGAGAGGAAGAGGAGGAGGAAGAAGCAGAUUUUGGUGAAGAAGAUCUUUUUCACCAACAGGGAGACCCCCGGACGACCUCCAGAGGCUGUUCAGUGAUGUGAGUGCCCAACACCACUCACUUUCCUUACCCAGCUCCUGCCUUUCCUUAGAGCCGCUGAAAACUAUUUUUAUACCAUUGGAUUUCUUUAUUCCUUGUGACAUUUCUAGAGAUUUUUUAACCAAACUGCCAGAAUUUUUGAAUGGAUUUCUCCUUUUCUGUCUUCCUCCUUGGGUUGGAUGUCCCCUUCCCUGAACUUUAGGGGUCCCUUCGACACUACUGUUCAACUACUGCAUUUCCCCCCAUUUCAGCAUUGAGUGAAUUAGAAAUUUGCAGAGGGGUAAAUCUUAAAAUGAAGCUAGCCUUUUUUCGAGGGUAGAGGGUAUAGAUUAAUAAACUUGAAUCAGUGACCCAGAAGUUGUUCUUCCCUGGGGAGGAAUCUUGAAAUGAGAGAAAUUACCAUCAUCCCUCCACACAUAUCCCGGACCCUCCAGGAAUGGCCACUAGCUAUAAAGAGGGCACAAAAGGAUAUUUUUUAGUGUUUUCUAUAAAAUCCAGAGUUGAGCUUGCCAUGUUGCCUUAGUGGCCUGCAGAUUGAGCUUUUGCAACAUGACCUUUUGUGUACAAAAUUAGGAAAAUAGAAUAUUGAGGCAAACUUUUCUUUUUUCAUUUACUUGAGGGGAAUUGGGAUGGAUCACCUGAUAGGAAUUUGAUGUGUGAUCUGCUUUGCAUAAAAUGUUUAUAAUAAUAAUUUCUGCCAAGGGCAGUUUAGUUAGUCUCAGGCUUCCUCUAUCAUGUUUCAAUGAAUCUUAGAAACUGACAUUUGCAUAUAUCUGGGCACCACAAAGCAUUGUGGCUCCCUAGUAACACCUCCAAUUUUGUUUAAAAAAAAAAACAAACAAACUAACUCUUCAGGGUAUUUGGAUUGUCUUCACAUGGCCAGCCUGGUCCUGGCAUUUUGUGAAUUUUGCUCUUAAGCUUUCUCAAAUGAACUAAGUUGGUAUGGCCUGAAGUUCUUGAUGUGUUGGGAUAUUUUCGGUGGCUCCUGGAUGAUGUUCCCUGAUUAACUGUUUCUGCCAGUCCUCGUGGGUCUAGCUAAGAGGCUUUACCUUAGUGGCUUUGCCUGCAGUGUAACUGAGUUGAAAAUUAUGAUGUUGAAAAUCCUGGUUCUCAACCAGUCACCAAGGUUAUGUCUUUACGACCUCAAAUAACUUCAGUGUCAAGGAGUGAGACAUUGUGGGCUGAUUAGAUUAGAUUACAAAUACUCUUUGCUACAGGAUGGAAAGAUAGCCAAAUGUAGUGUCUGGGGCGGAAUGCACCAAAAGCCAUUCAGUUGCCUAGACUAGUUAGCACUUAGAUUGAUAAAAAGGAAACUAUUGAUGGUGCAGAUGAGUUUUUAACAAAUGUCUUCCAUUGAAGGGGGCUGCUAACAUGGAGUUUGAGUUCCUCCCAUUCUGGGUAAUGCAGCCUUGCACACUCCUGCUGGCACCAACAGGGAGUGGGCAUUGGUAGAGUACUAGGUGGCUAUUUUAGAUAAUAUUGAAUUUUUCCCUUGAAUUUGACAUUUUUCAUCUGUUAUUCCCACUCUUUGUAUGGGGGGAUAACGAAAUAUGUAGUGAAAUCAUACCUAUCUUUGUCAAAUAUAUAUGCACCUAUCUAUAUCUAUCUCUAUAUUACAUAUAUCUUGAUGAAAUUAUGUUUCUCAGACAAAACAUGCAAACGCCAAUGAACCUUUCCUAGACUGAUAUUUUAAACCAUGCAGUCCACCUUCCAGCUGCCCUGGCCAGAGUCUCCUGCUAACUUGCUCUGUUUACAUGCCCUCCCACCUGUAUACAUAGAAGUUAUUUUUUUAAAAUGGAUAUUUAUUUUUUUAUGUUGGCCAGUAUGCAGAUUGCUUCAUCUGGCCUCUAGGGAGCUCUGAUACUCAGUGGCUGGGAUCUUGGUGCAGGCUGGGUCAAUACAGGGGUGGUGCUCAGCCCCAAGCUCAGCAGCCUGGGCUCAUUUUGCUCUGUUUACUUGGUGUUUCCUCCCCUUACACUGAGCGCUGAUAGCUCCCUCAGUUGUGGUUUUUUAUAAUAGUGAAUUCCCUUGUACACGUAGCUUGAAUUAGAUUUCAAAUUAUCUGAGCCAUUGGCUGUUUCCUGCCUGACUGAGUGAAUCAUGUUCUUUACCCAAACUCUAGAAAACAGGUUGCCUCCGAUAAGUAUUUCCCUUAACACUAGAGUUUAUGCAAAUCCCAUGUUUCACUCUUGAAGUGUAGAAAUAGUCAUUGUUUUCCCUCUACUACUGUGUGCACCACAUGUGACUUUGCUUUCUUUAGGGAAUUGUAUGUCCAGAACUGAAGGAUGUCAGAUUAGCUUUCCUCUUGGAGCCUGUGGGCAUGGCCCACCUUUCUGAAGAAACAUUCCCAAGGGCAGGGUCCAAGAAGGUUUAUAUUAUGACAACUUCAAACCAUGUCUUACCUACCAAAAAAGAAUGGUUUCCUGUCCUCUCUGCAGGGUCAAGGCAGCUUCUUGGCUGUUGUCAUGUUCUUUAAAAGAUCACUGCCACCCAAACAUUUUUGAGAGGCAAUUCCUGAUUUUAAAGUAGAGACACAUUUAAACUACUGUAUUCCUUCCAUUACAAAACUAAGUGACCAGAGAUAUUUGUGUUUACCUUUCUUUAUUCAUGUGGGAUUUGGGGAGAUAUUUGCCAGCCCUAUUGACUAAAACCUGGAGUAGACAUUUACCUUUUAAGGAGAACCUGUUUGCUGACAUUCUCAACAGGUUUCCUGAUGGAAUUUUGAGCUGAGAGGCUGGGCUUCUCCAUUGAUUUCCUCUGGAAUGUCACAGGGAGCCUUUGGAAUUGUCCAGCUUUCUUGGCAACAGGCUGCAGGUACUGCCUCUCAAAAAUGACUUCAUUUUACACGAAGAGGUGGGGAAAAAAGGCAAAAAUGGCCAAAUUUUAGUGAAAGCCAGACAAACCUCAAUUAACAGACAAAACAGCCAUUGGCCAUUUUGGCCAGUUAACCAUGCAUGCCUUGUAGACAAAAUGAGAUGACAGAAUGUGGCUGUAGAGAUAUGGAGAAAGCUUUAUGGGGGGUAUCCAGCCAGCAAACCCAUUCUCUCCUUAUAGUCUUAACCUUUCUCCCAAAGCAAAUGGAGGAAAAAGGCCCCCCAAGGAAUUAGCUCUAUGAUUUUCUGAAGGGAGCCCAACUGGUGGGUCUCAUGUAGGGUAGGUAGCUAAUUGCCCUGCAUGCAGCAAAUAUGUGAGGUGCAGGAGCAUCUCUGGUCAUUGUCACAAUGUGAAUGAUAUUAACUGUGAAGGGGCAUUCCCUCUGUAUAUUUAGUCUUCUGACUUUUACAAGGGGACUGACAUCCCAGGGUUCUAAGAAGGCCCAAGCAUCCCAACCAUACAGGAAAGGAGGGCAUUCAUUCCUAUUUGGAUAAAAAUAUAAAGGUGUCAAUAGUGGGGCUGAACAACUGGAGACAGUUUCUUGGUUGACUCUGGUUGCAUGUAUUGGGGAAAAGUGAUUACCCAAUUGGUUAUUCAUUCAAUUUUUCUCUGCUGCUCAGGAAAGCAAUCAUUCUGACCAAGGGGGUCCUUGGGAAGUAAGGCAGGUCCAGGAGCUAAUUACUCCUGUCUUAGCCCUUUCCUAGCUCUCUCUGCUUUUAGAACUGGUUUUAGGCUUCAUAGAAGGAGGCUCUUAGGUGGAAGGUUAGCUGGUCAGUGACUGCAUGGUAGCCCAUAGCAGAAAAUGGAAAUAAAGACUAUUUGGAAACAUUGAGCAGCAUGAACCUUUUUUUAAUGCUGAACAUGGCCUGGGAAACAGAAUUUUACUUGCCCUCAAAUAUGCUUAGCUUUACACCACUUUUAAAAUAAUUCAGAGGCGAUUUUUUUCUUGUUUUGUAUAAGCCCACAUUUACAUACAAUUAUUCUUUGUAAACAUAAUGCCUUUUUCUUGAAAUGCUAAGGUCUAGAAGAAACAGUGGUUAGGUGAGAGUAGCAGUGAUGACCCCAGAAAAGCAUGUUUUGAAGCUUGGCUUGAUCCUUUGAGUAAAAUAAAUCCUAGGCUUGGGGGUUGGGGGGAGGGGCAGGGGUACUUUUGUGAAAGGUAUUAUUAGCUCAACUCAAAAGAUCAUGAAAACUUUGACUCUUCACUGAUUGGGUUGGACCAACAUUCCUUCCCAGGUUAUCAUGCUUAAUAAAUUUAGCAAUAAACUGUUAAAAAAACAAAGGCCCAAGGGCCUGCAAACGAUCACUUCCCACCUUAAACUAUUUUCAUAAAGAUAAUGACUUUUGACUUGAAGGUAGUUUUAACCAUACAACUUUUAGAUAGCUUUGUUCUAUUUAUAUAGUGGCCAUUGAUCAUUAUGGAUGCAUUCUUUAUGAACACUGCUGUAAAAAAAAGGUUUAAAUUACUGAGUUGAAUAGUUAUGGGAGAACCCACAGACUUCUAUAGAGAUGAUGGAUGUCAUGCUGAGCAUUUGAGAACUAUGAUAAUCUAGACUUUAUCAUUUCAAAAACUUUUUUUUAAAGAAUAUACUUGCAUGCCAAAUGUCUUUUUCAAUGAUUUGUAAUAUACGUUUUAUGACUGGAAACUUUUUUGUACAAGACACUCCAAUAAAUGUUUUGAUUUUCA